AUGGUUCUGAGCUCUUCCCCCUGGAGGAAUGUUUUUACUCACUUGCAAAUCAUAGUAACAGGGAGAGUGGAGCUAGAGGAAUGUGGGAAGAAGCUGAAGCCUGUCAGAAAGAGAGAACGCUUCUCAGAAAGAGCAGUGGGCGGUUCCCGUAGAAAAGGGGAGGCGGGAUUGGGCGUUGCCGCUGUCGGCGCUUUAGGAGUCCGGAUGGCGAUGAUGGCGGCAAGGCUGGAGCCGGGCCCCGACGGGCUCAGUGCGAGCUCUCCGCCGCCGGAGACCGCGUCUGAGUUGGGGUCGUCGGAGUCGUUGCCGCCGUCAGGGGAACCCGGGACGAGCGGAAAGCGGGUGGUGCCCGGCGUCAUAUACCUGGGGCAUAUCCCUCCCUGCUUCCGGCCCCUGCAUGUGCGGAACCUGCUCAGCGUCCACGGCGAGAUCGGCCGGGUCUACUUCCAGCCGGAGGAUCGAUUGGGCCGACGGAAGAAGAUGAAGACCGGGUCGGGGGGCCGCCACCGCCCGGGGCAGGGCUACACCGAGGGCUGGGUAGAGUUCCGGGACAAGCGGGUGGCCAAGCUGGUGGUGGCCAGCCUGCACAACACCCCCAUGGGCGCCCAGCGCCGAAGCCCCUUCCGCUAUGACCUCUGGAACCUGAAGUACCUGCACCGAUUCAAGUGGAGCCAUCUGAGCGAGCGCCUGGCCUAUGAGCGGCAGGUCCGGCAGCAGCGGGUUCGGGCAGAGAUCUCUCAGGCCAAGCGGGAAACAGACUUUUAUCUGCAGAGCGUGGAGAAGAGCAAACAUUUCCUGAAGAAGGCAGAAGCUGCGUUGGCUGCUUGUGGGGAGGGAUCCGUAGACCAAGAGAAGAGCUGGGGCUUCUUCCAGCGCCCCACAGAGCUGGAGAUCAGAAAGCACAAAGAGAUUCAGGCUAGCCAGGGCAAGGAACUACAAGCCCAGAUACACGAGUUUGCCAAGAAGGCCCAGCCAAAUGAGCCACUGCUCACCAAAAUUUUCCAUCCUCGGGCCUAAGUUUCUGUGAAACUGACUUUAAUGACCUCAGCUUGGCCAGCAUAGGGCAAAGGGGCCUGAGAGGGAUGUGGAAAUCUAGUUCAGUUCUAGAUUCGUUCUCUGCCCAAUCAAAGCUUCCCAGCAACUGGUUUGUCUAGAUAACUUAAGGAUGUGGCCUUAACUUUCAAGCAACAAAGUGUUAUAGUAGGAAAAAAAAAAAAGAGGCAGGUGGAGAAUAAUACUAACGGAUCUUUGAUGUAGAUUAGCCAAGAAGACUAGUUGAUGUCAUCACAUUGUAGAUCUAAAUUAAUUUAGAUGUUAUAAAAUUGUCAUUCUUUUGGGUCAGUCAUGAGCAAUGAAUAUUUCUCGCAUUGUACUUGUGUUAUCUAAGCAUUGAAUGAGUACUGGUAGCUUAACUCUUUGAUAAUUUAUGCUCUUUUUGAACAUAUCAAAUGGAAAUUCUCUAAUUCUUCUUGCUAGAUAUAGCUGUUUGCAAAAGUUAGAGAAAUAAUUUUGUUCUGAUACAGAAAGAUUAA